GACCGACUUUCUUUAAUGCUCUUAAUAAAUUGCUCGCUUAAGAUGUCUACUUUAAAGGAGCGUCUUCAAAUUGUGCGCUUCAUCCUUCCACGAUAUCACCCUGUCGAUAGAAUAGACCAAGCAGGCCAGCGGAGGAAAAAUUUGCGCAGAGUUUGUUAAACAUUGGUCUACCAAACGCUGCAAUUUUCCCCAAUUUGCGGAUACCAACGAUACCGACUUCUCGUAAAAGACGCAAAAAUCCGAUAAAAGACGCAAGGGAUGUCGUAACGGACCUUAUACACGUGAGAUAGAUUUUGUUUUGAUUCACCAUAGUGGGAUAUACGUAUUGGAAAUAAAAAAUUGGUCUGGGAAUCUUUCCGUUAGUAAAGAUGGUGGGAAAUGGAUUCAGUCAACGCUUAGAGGUUAUAGUUCAUAAAGAAUAUUUGAAGCCAAGAGUUGUAUUCGUGAACAGAAAUAUUUGCAUCGACAAGAGAAUAGAAAACCAGUCAGAAGUUAUUCUUCCAAAUCAAUAUCGAAAGUUUAUUGGCGGUUUUCGAGAGGGCUCCGUUACAGACAAUGCACGACGGUUACCGGAAGCACUACAGCAUGAAGUAAAGGACGUUUUGAAGAAUGUUGGCUCAUGGGAUGUGAUGUAUUUGAAUGGUGGUAAGCAGUUACAUGGGGAUUUCAAAGGUUGUCCAUGUAUUACAGUUGAUAGAAAGAUAACUGAACGCCUUGUUUUUUCACAUGAACGAAGUUGUAUAAUAGGUUUUUUUUCUGCCUUAUUUGGACAAACUCCGUCUGUGAAAGUCACCUUACAUGAACGAGAAAACACAGGUUAUCGGACGAAGAUUCAAAUCCCUCACGAUGCAUUGUUUCAAUUUCAUGAAUGUGGUGUUAAUAAUGACGUCAGUAUUUUAGCAAAUGACAUUAACAAGAUUGAAUUAAGUAUUUAACUUGAUUUCAUUCAUCGAUUAUUGCACAUAGAGAUGUACCAUUGAUAUAGACAAGCUUUUUUCAGAGUCUGUUUAGUUUAGAGUAAUUUAUGAUUACGUAAGUAGUCUUAUUUUCAAAACCUUGUAAACUAUAGUUUAGUUAGUUUAGUAGACUAUAGUUUCAGCAUUUGUUUUUUACUAAUUUUAUUUAUAUUUUGCUUAAACAUUAAUACAAUAUCUUGGGAUUUUUUUCAACGAUAACUAUUUAGAUUUUACUUUAAUUAAAUUUUAGUUUUUGAUUAGA